CCCUUGUUUUCAUUUAAGUGCGAGUCCGGUAGUCAGGUGACGCUGACGUCAGCAGACUCCUCCUGUAGGGGAAUCCCCUCAAACUCCACGCGUGGAUUUUGCUUUGGGUUUGAAAGAAGCCUAUUUUUAUGUUGUGUUGUUUUGGCCCUUGCGUGAGUCACUCGGAACGCAUCACCGCAAGACUCUUACGAGAGUAACGUGAAAACCGUUUGGGGGAGAGGAGGUCGGAGAAGUAAAUUAUCGCAAGUUUUGCGAAUCUAAAACAAGCCAUGGCAGAAAGUCAAGAAUUUGCUGACCUGUGGGAGAGAAACCUCAUUUCCACUCAAGAAGCCGGCACUUGCUGGGAAUUGAUCAGUGAUGAGCAGUAUCUUCCAAGCUCCUUCGAUCCAAAUAUUUUUGAUAAUGUGCUGACUGAACAGCCUCAGCCGUCCACCUCCCCUCCGUCCGCCUCUGUUCCUGUUGCCACUGAUUAUCCUGGGGAACAUGGCUUCAAACUGGGGUUCCCGCAAUCUGGCACCGCCAAAUCUGUGACCUGCACUUACUCAUCUGAUCUGAAUAAGCUUUUUUGCCAAUUGGCGAAAACUUGUCCAGUUCAGAUGGUGGUGGAAGUUGCCCCUCCACAGGGCUCGGUGAUCAGAGCCACAGCCAUUUAUAAGAAGUCCGAACACGUGGCUGAGGUGGUCCGUCGAUGUCCCCACCAUGAGAGGACCCCAGAUGGUGAUGGAUUGGCUCCUGCUGCUCACCUGAUCCGAGUGGAAGGAAACUCACGUGCUCUUUACAGGGAGGAUGAUGUCAACUCGAGGCACAGUGUGGUGGUUCCCUACGAAGCUCCUCAACUGGGAGCGGAGUUUACAACGGUGCUAUACAACUUUAUGUGCAACAGCAGUUGCAUGGGUGGGAUGAAUCGCCGGCCCAUCCUCACAAUCAUCACUCUGGAGACGCAUGACGGUCAGUUGCUGGGCCGCAGGUCUUUCGAGGUGCGUGUGUGCGCGUGCCCAGGCAGAGACCGAAAAACUGAGGAGAGCAACUUCAGGAAAGACCAGGAGACCAAAACCUUGGGCAAGACCCCCUCUGCUAAUAAACGUAGUUUGACGAAAGAGUCAACUUCAUCUGUGCCUCGACCUGAGGGCAGUAAAAAGGCCAAACUGAGUGGGAGCAGUGAUGAAGAGGUGUAUACCCUGCAGGUGAAGGGUAAAGACAGAUUUGAAAUGUUGAAGAAGAUUAACGACAGUUUGGAGUUGAGCGACGUGGUGCCUCCAUCUGAAAUUGACAAAUACCGGCAGAAAUUACUCACCAAGGGCAAGAAGGAGAAGGAUGGCCAAACACCUGAGCCCAAAAGAGGCAAAAAACUAAUGGUUAAAGAUGAAAAAAGCGACUCGGAUUAGGAUGGCGGGAUGCUG